CCCCGCUUUCCCCCGCCGCCACGGCCCGCUCAGCAUCGCGGCCCCCCCGUCCCGCCCUGCCCUGCCCUGCCGCGGCCCCGUCGCCGGCAUCCCCCCGUCCCCAUCCCCGGUGCCUCCUGCUCCUCGCUGCCCCGGCGCGCUGCCGGGCGCAUGGCGGCGGGGCCGUGCGGCGCGGCCCUGGGGCGGGCGGCGCUGGCGGCGCCGCUGGUGCUGCUCUACUACGGCUUCUCCAUCGGCAUCACCUUCUACAACAAGUGGCUCAUGAAGAGCUUCCCGUUCCCGCUGUUGGUCACGCUGCUGCACCUGCUGCUCAUCUUCGCUCUGGCGGCGCUCGCCCGUGCCCUGGCGCGCUGCCGCUCCGGGCGGCCGCGGGCAGCGCUGUCCUGGGCCGACUGCCUCCGCCGGGCCGCCCCCGCAGCUCUGUCAACUUCCUUGGAUAUUGGGCUGAGUAACUGGAGCUUCCUGUAUGUCACUGUCUCCCUCUACACAAUGACCAAAUCCUCUGCCAUUCUCUUCAUCCUGCUUUUUUCACUGCUGUUCAAGCUAGAGGAAAUGAGAGUGACGUUGCUGCUGGUGGUUCUGCUCAUCGCUGGGGGACUCUUCAUGUUCACCUACAAGUCCACACAGUUCAAUGCACAGGGGUUUGUGUUGGUGCUCUGUGCCUCUUUCCUGGGGGGCAUUCGCUGGACUCUCACACAGAUACUGAUGCAGAAGGCUGAACUGGGGCUCCAGAAUCCCAUUGAUAUCAUGUUUCACCUGCAGCCGCUCAUGUUCCUGGGGCUCUUCCCACUCUUUGCGGUGUUUGAGGGCCUUCCUUUGUCCAUAUCAGAGAAGCUCUUCCGUUUCCAUGAAGCAGGAAUGCUGUUCUCUCUGGUAGGGAAGCUGUUCUUGGGUGGAAUUCUUGCCUUUGGUCUAGGCUUUUCUGAGUUCCUCUUGGUUUCCAGAACAUCUAGCCUCACCCUUUCCAUUGCUGGCAUUUUUAAGGAAAUCUGCAUUUUAUUCCUGGCCACACAUUUACUGGGAGACCGCCUCAGCCUCUUGAACUGGCUGGGCUUUGCUGUCUGCCUGUUAGGAAUCUCCCUCCACGUUGUUCUCAAAGCCAUGAAUUCCAAAGGUGACAAAGCACUGGAGCCACACAAAGAGGCCAGCUCUGACCCUGACCUGCAGCUGCUGCUGCGCCACCCCGAACAUGGUGAGGAAGAGGAAGAGGUUGUUGAAACCCCACAACAGCACUGAUUGAACAAGAAGCACAAAGCCACCUGCUCUGUUCUUACCAAACCUGCCUGACAGCUAUCCAGGAGGAAGGUCCAAAAGUCUCUGUGACCACCCACAGCGGAGCCAGGGCCCAGUGAGAGAAUUCUGCUGUUUUACUACAGUGUGAAUCUGUAGAUGCUGCACAAGAAAAGGCAAUAUCCCUUUCACAGGACCUUGGAAGACAAGCCCUGCUUCAGUGGGUGCAGAAUAGUGAGUUGAGACAGGGAAAAGCUGUAAAAAGUCCAUUAGGAGAUCCUGAAGGUUGUUUACUGAGAAUGUAGACCAUGAGCUGUAGAAUGAACAUGGGCAUGUCUGGACUGCAGGCUGAGUGGUUCAGGGAUGAUUUUACUGCUGGUUAGCUUUUGACUUCAAAGGAGAAGGUAGAUACACCUUCCCUUUUUUUUUUUUUUUUUUUUUUAUGUUUCUGCAAAUUAGGAAUUCCCAUCCUGAUGGAAUCAUCCCUAGAGUUGUCCCAGUGAGGACCUUUUGUGCCUGGGGACUUCCAUGUUCUGUGUGCAUAGUAAGGAGAGAAUUAAAUGCUGGUAUUUGGGACCAGUUGAAAAUGAUGAACAUUUCCAGAUGAUGUAGGUUGGAGGGAAGACAGGGAUGCAAGAAUACUUCUGGUGCUACAGGCCAAGAGGAGAAUGAGCAGUGUCACAGGAGAUCUAAUUUGAGCAAUAAGCUUAUCAAAAACUAUGUGGGAUUUUGAGGGGGGGAUUUUUUGGUUUUUAAAUAAACUUUUCUGAUUUGCA